AUGAAAAGAAUAUAUUUGAUUGAUUGCCCAGGAAUCGUCCCACCUUCACUUGAAGAUAGUGAAACUGACAUUGUUCUAAAAGGAGUUGUAAGAUUUUCUAAUCUUAAAACACCCGAAGAUUAUAUUCCAAACAUUUUAGAACGUGUUCGUAAAGUAUAUUUACAACGUAUAUAUGAGAUAAAUGAAUGGGUCGAUCAUAUGGAUUUUCUUGAACAAAUUGCUAAAAAAUCAGGAAGAUUAUUAAAAAAAGGUGAACCGGAUAUUCAUACUGUAGCAAAAGUAGUUUUGAAUGAUUGGUUACGUGUUAUUAUUAUAUGCUUAAAAAAUGAUCAAUAG